AUGCAUUUGACGAUUUUUGCUAACAACAAAGCUCUCAAGGUACUGGAUAACCAAACAGCUGAGCUCAAGGAGUCUUUCACUGGCAUUGUUUCCUCUGGCUUCUACCAGAUUGCUAGUCUAAUCAAGGGACCAGAACAGAUUGUAUUAUCCAAAUCCCCCAUCUUUGUCUAUCCCAACCCUCAGAGCACUGUUAUGAGCAGCCUCUAUGCUGAUGGCAAUAUAUUAUGGAACUCUGUUGCUCAAGCUGAAUCAGUGGCAUCUGUGCUAUUCAAUGACCACAUCUUUAGCAUUUUGCCUACCAGUAGAGGAAAAAGCCUGCAGUUCUUUGCUGCCCCAGUUCUAAUGCCCAGCCAGUUAUUUGUGGUUAUCCUUCCUCUUGUUUCACUUACAGAUGAUAUGGAGUACCGGUUACAGACAGUGCCCUACAAGGGCAGGAUGUGGUCAUCUGGAACCUUGAUCAAUCCAAUGGAUAUCCAACUUCUCCUGGUACCAGCUCACCGUGCAGGCAAAAAGUUUUCAUCCCUCUCUGCCACUGUUCCUCCAACUGACCUACCAUUCAUCCUCAAUGCCCUGGAUAUUACUGACACCUCAUUGGUGCAUGAAAUAAGGAGCUACACUGGCCACCUGAACCAUGCAUAUAGCCAUCAAAAAGUAGAGGCUGAUAAUUUAAUCAACAUAGUUAUCAAAUAUGUUCUAUCCCUCCCUCCCUUAGCUAAGGAUGAAUGUGGUCUUAUAUAUGUUACCAGCAUCUAUGGAGCCUGUAUACCUCUUGGAGAAGCACUUGGCUUUAAAUCUUACUUUGCAGCACUAUCAGAUCCCAUCAAGAAAGAUAUUCAAAACAAUUGGCACCAGGGGAAGGCCUUGGAAGAUCGCUGGCUGGUCUGUACCAAUGCAUAUUUUGAAGGGAUAGAUUUUGAGGGGGUUCAACAGGUGGUCAAUAUAGAACCCUUUGGCAUGACAGACCUUAAACAGCAAGAUGGUUGGGCAGGGUGGGAUGGAAAGUGA